UCAGGUAGUCCAACCACCUCAGCGCUGUGUGGAAGGACACUCUUGAGGCAAACUACCUCCGACUUAAAGGACUUUGAAGACCAAAGACAGGUUCCAUACAUACUGAGGCUACAUCCCGGUAUGUCUAACAAAGCGAGGAGACUGCUGGUUCUUCUGCUGAUCAUCCUGAAGGAAGCUGGACCGACCGCAGCCUGCAGCAGCUUCAGCUGUCCAUCAUACUGUUCCUGCAGCAACGAAGGCCUGACCAGUGUUCCUAAGAACCUGCCUACAAGAAUCACUACCCUUACUUUGGAAGACAAUGCCAUCAGAACCUUAAGUCAGUCUGAUUUCUUAAGGUACAAGAGCUUGACAAGCUUAGUGCUUACUUCUAAUCAGAUCUCCAUGAUGCAGAACAACACGUUCCACAACUUAACCAGCCUAACUCACCUGUACCUUAAUGAUAAUCAGUUAACUAGUCUCACACCGGACACGUUUGUGGGCCUUGGUGCCCUGGAGUAUUUGGAUCUUGGUCAGAACCAGCUAACUACUAGUAGUCUGUCAGCUGGCAUAUUUGUGGGACUCAGUAAUCUGCAGUACUUGUCCUUUUCCCAGAAUCAGUUGACUAGUAUGUCAGCUGACCCUGAUGUUUUUAUGGGACUUGGUAACCUUCAGGAGUUGAGUUUUCAUAUAAAUCAGUUAACAACUCUCCCAGCUGGCAUAUUUUCAGGGCUUGGUAAUCUGCAGACCUUGUAUCUUCACUCAAACCAGUUGACCAAUCUAACAGCUGACAUAUUUGCAGGACUCAGUAACCUGCGGACCUUAAGUCUUCAGUAUAACCAGUUAACAGCUCUGCCAGCUGACAUAUUUGCGGGACUUGGUAAUCUGCAGACGUUGUGGCUUUACCAGAAUAAAUUAUCUAGUCUCCCAGCUGGCAUAUUUGCGGGACUUGGUUAUCUGGGGGAUUUGCGGCUUUACAAUAACCAGUUGCAGACACUACCCCCUAUGAUGUAUGGAAUACUGGGUUCCAUUGAUGUUAGGUCUGACUAUUCCUCUGCUACUGUUAGCAUUUAUAACAACCCCUGGCAGUGUGACUGUAGGAUGGCUCCCUUUAGGCAGAGGAUGACCGGGGGUUACCCAUUUGAAAGCCAGAUUAUAUGUGCCGGACCUGGUAACCUAAAAGGGCAACUCUUAAGGGGGUUAUUUCCUGAAGACCUGAUGUGUGAGGAGACAACACCAGUCAUUCAGUCAACAAAAACAGAAAUCAAUGCUGGUCCUACUGGCAGUGGCAUUCUCUUACCCGCGCCCCUUCUGGCCACGCUGUGUGUUUUUCUUGGUCUAUUCAUUAUUAGCACUAUUGUCUUUGGAGUAAUGUGUUGCAUGUAUAAGAAAAGGGAAGGAAAUCCUACCCCUGUGCAAAAUUUAAGCAGCACAAAUGCCACAGGCACGUCUAGUGGUCAGGAGCACAUAAGCCUUGUGAAAAUGGAGUAAUAAACAGUCAAUCUGAAACAUCACAUCCCCGUACAAAUAGUUUCGAAAGUUAAGAUGGU